AUGGCGUUCAGCGAAAACACCCACAAACCUCCACUAAGUGACCAAAUAAUCGAGCUACAGCGAAGAAUCCAACUUUUAGAGGGCGACAGAACUGCGUUUUAUGAGAGCUCCCAGGCCACAAUCACAAAGAAUAGAGAGACUGUGCAGCGGCUGAGAGGGGAGAACAUCAGACUCUACAACAAACUCGCAGAAGCCAGUGAUGGGGAUAAACAUAUUGUUAAAGUGGCUAUUCAUGAUUUGGACAUAAUCUCUGAGAAAGAUGCCUUCUGUAACAUGUCAGGAAAGACAGCUCUGGCUACACUAGGCAGAAAGCUCCAAUCGAAAAAGAAGUGCCUGAAUGCCCAAAUGCACAUCGCUCAGACUCUGCAGCAGCGCGCCAAUGAGCUGAAGUUAGAAUAUGACAGACUGAAACCUCGGGGAAACAGUGCCUCUAAAACUGCAGAUCCAUGUGCCCAAAAAACAGAGGAAGAUGCGAUGAAACUGCGAAUACUGGAGAAUAACUUGGAGAAGACCCAGCUGAAAUGUACAGAGGCCGAAAAUAUCACAAUGAACUACCUGACGCUAAAAAGCCAUCUACAGGAUGAGAGCCUGAAUUUCUCAGGUCAGUUGGACAGUCUGGAGGCAGAAAUCCUGAAGCACAAAGAGGAGCUUCAAAACCUGCAGGUCAUGAACCAUGAAUCCCAGCUCUCCGCAGAGGCAUCCAAGGCUGAGCUACAGCAAAGAGAGGAAUUGCUCUACAGAGAUCGUAAGGAGAGAGAAUGCUACAGGACCAAGGUGGAAGAACACAAAAUACAGACAGAGAAAGUUGAGAGAAGGACACAGAGGACAGUCAUGCAGUCGGAUGACCAGAGCAGUGAGGCCCUGCGCAGCACCACCAGAACAGCCGGAGAUGAGGACAAAGCCAUGUCCACUUUUGGAGACAUGUUUCGACAAAUCAAGGAGGCUACAGGCGUCACUGACAUACAGGAGGUGGCAGAGCGCUUUGUCACACAGAAAGGGAUCCAUGAGCAUCUGGAGAAACUGACCGAGGAUAAUAAAAACAUUUUGGUGCAGUUGAAGGAGAAGAAGGCACAGCUGGAUCAACAGUUUGAGGAUAAGAAAUAUUCCGGAGAAGCUAAAAUAUCCAGGGACCAGCACAUCCAGGAGGACUGUGAGCAGCAGCUACAGGCCACGCAGAGGAGGUGUGACCAGGCCCAAGAGACUCUGAGCACCCUGGACAGAACUCUGAGCACAGUCCAGGCCGGAGUGGAGCAUUUCUCCGACAAACUGCAACACAUCUCCCUGGCUGAGGAGGGCACUUCUACCACAGUGUCCACUGACUCCAGACUGGUGGACCUGCUGAGCGAGUGUGAACUGAAGCUACAGUCCCUCUACAAUGAGCUCCCGGGGAAAGAAUUCUCUGCCAUUAUGAAGAUGAUGGAGGAGGAAAAGUUCUUUCUCAAAAUUGAGGGAAAGUUACCAACCUUCAACACUCGUGUCCUGCUGCCUGAGGACCACAGACAGGAGCUGUUGGAUGAUGAAGAGGAGAGUGAAGAGGAAGAAACAGGAACCAUCUCACGAGAGGCUCUGAAAAGACAAUCUCAGAUGAUUGUUGACUCAAAGUUCAAGAAAAAGCCCUGGAAGAAGAAGAAGUGAAAAUGAAA